GUGACCGACAUCUUGGCAGCGCGUUGAUAUAGGUAAGCUAGUAGAUGAGAUAGAUCGCAGUGUUAGUUGCGAGAUCUCUGCAAUUCUCUCAAACAAUUGACAAAAAGAGAUGAGUAGGAGAUCGGGGACCUGGCUGAGGUGUUGCUUGGUCACUUUUGCGGUUGUUUCAGCCCUCUGCGUUUCUGGCCCGGCUUUGUACUUCAAAUUCAACAAAGGUUUCAAAUUCAAAGGGGUUUCCGAUUCUUGCCCUCCUUGCUCCUGCAAUUGUGCUCCUCCCCAGUCCCUUUUCCAGAUUCUGCCUGGCUUGGCCAAUCUCUCUGUUACUGAUUGUGGGAAGGAUGACCCUGACCUCAAGGAAGAGAUGGAGAAGCAAUUUGUGGAUUUAUUAUCAGAAGAGCUAAAGUUGGAAGAAACUGUCGGUUCGGAACACUCCCAUCAUAUGAACAUCACAUUAGGAGAAGCAAAAAGGUUGGCUUCUCUGUACCAGAGUGAAGCCGAUAAAUGCAUAGCAGCCACAGAAACUUGCGAGGGAGCCAGGGAACGAGCGGCAGUGCUGCUCUCAAAAGAGAGGAAGUUAACUUCAAUGUGGGAGCGCAGAGCUCGUCAAGCUGGUUGGGAAGGGGAGUAGUGACAUACAUAAAACAGUAUCUAUUACCUAUUUUGGAUGUGGUUGUCAACCAGGAGAACUCAGAGAUGUCCAACGAGCAAAUUUUGCAGAAAUCUCGUAUUGUUAUGGUUUCGCAUCGUCCUAUUUCUACUAAGUGUAUCAUUUUUUUUUGUACUUGGUUGAGACAUGGCUAAUUCAAACUGUAUAAUGUCUGAACAAAUAUCAUGCUGCUGUAAGUUAUAAGGAUUUGCAUCAUCUAUUUUUCUAUAA